AUGGACCCGGAGGAAAUAGUAGUCACGGUUGAAGAGGUUCAUAGGGCCGCUAAAAGGAUUAACCUUGGGAGGGCACCGGGUCCUGACGGGAUCCCUGGACUGGUGGUGAAGAGGGCGGCCAUACACUGUGGUCGAGGCCUUGCGGAAAGCUUCAUUAUGCUGCUGAGGAGGGAAGUCUUCCCACGGGCAUGGAAGAGGACCAAGCUCGUGUUUCUGAAGAAAAAAAAAAUUGGUGAUGGUAACUUGCCUAGCUUAUACAGGCCAAUAUGCCUACUGAACGAGGUAGGGAAGCUAUUUGAAAGAGUUGUUUUCUCCAAGGGUUCCGACCUUGGCCCCACACUUUGGAACAUUGCGUACGAUCGGGUCCUCCGAGUCCCGCUGCCGGGAGGGUCUAGUGUGGUAUGCUAUGCAGAUGACACGGCCCUUCUUUCAGCGGGACGGGAUCUGUCUUGCGCAUUGUUAGCGGCUGAACGAGACCUAGAUUUAAUUGUGAAUGAAUUUGAGGGAUUGGGCCUGAAAGUAGCGCUACAGAAAACGGAGGCAAUGGCCUUCCCUGCUUCUGCCUUAUGCAGACGCAGGAUUGCUUCCCCCCCUGUGAUUAGAUACAUGGGGGGUUCACUUCCAGGCCUUAAUCCCGAGAGUGGAAGGGAUCCUUCGGUCUAUUGGGAGGAUCCUUCCGAACCUCCAUUGGCCAACGGAGAAGAAGCGGCGUCUCUACAACAGCGUGAUCCACUCCAUGCUCCUCUAUAG